CAAAAGCUGCACAGCACUAACAUUAAAAAGACUGUGUCAUAAAAACUACGAAAAACAACCAGUCUGUCUCUCAUAAGUGAGUCUUACAACGCUGUUCCAGCUACGGUGACACUUUUUUGUUUUUACUACCGUUAGUAUCUGACAUUAAAUACAAACAGCGUUAAAGAUGGAAGCCCCGCUGGAAGACGAGCCUCUCGCCGGAGUCUUAGCGAGGAUCGAGGGAGACAAGCUAGCAGCCUCUGACUCAGCUCUCACCUUCCUGUCCAGCAUCGAGCCUGCAGAGCUGCUGAAGUGUGUGUUCCCAGACUCUCUGGUGACUGUGUCGGAGAGCGGCAGAGACCUGGGGAAGUUCAGUGUGACGGUGGAGUUUGCCCGUAGACACCAUCAGCCCUGUGUGCUGCUGCAUGCUCAGAGCCAGGGAGCCAUCGAUGACUCCCCCUGUGGCACAACAGUGACAGCCUACCUAACCACAGACCUGGAGGUGCUGGAGGAAGAUUUCCAUGAGUACAUUAAGCUUGAGGACCACAGUUUGGACAGGAGGUGUCACAUGGUGCUGCAUGACGGACAGAUGGUGAUUGAUAAAGUUACCACUGUAGGAGGGGAGACGACAAAGGAGAGCAUUUGUUACCCCAUGUCUGCCCUUAGAGGGCUGGUUACAGAGGGGUCCAACUUUCUGCUGAUGCGCCUGAUCGCUCUUAGGAAGAGGGUGCCAGAAAACAUGACCUUCAUCUCCUUCAACCAUGGUCUACACAUCAUCCACAACACUUUUAGCAAGCUGGGUCGGAAGCAGCUGGAGGUUGGGGGUGAGACUGUGGAGGUAUUUGGGCUGGAGAGGAUCGUUCACUCUGUGGAGGACAGCCCCACUACCUGGCAGUGCUACUUCCUGGCUGACGGGCACUUGGCCAGCAGAUUGCAGGUAGGAUCGCCGGUGACCAUGAAGCUUCUGCAGCUGCCAUCACAUAUAGAGAAAGGUUUUGCGAAGAUUCCUCUGGUUUGGGAAGAAGACAUGCAGAUGUGCUCCAAGUUCUUGGACAGAAAGGAGGAGCUGAAGGCCGACCAUGCCUCAUACUUGAGACAGCAUCCAGAGAUCAGAGCCCUCAUAUCUGACUUCCUGCAGUUUUUGCUGCUGAGGAAACCAGAUGACAUCUUCCAGUUUGCCAGAGAUUACUUCAUCCCUUUUGCCUCCCGUCGUCCUCCAAAACUAAGCCUGGAAACCCCCUAACUCAGAAAGAAAACCCAGGGGCUCACAUAAAAACAGCCUUUUUAUAGCUUUUAAAUCAAUGAUGAAUUUUAAAGUUGUCUAUCUUGCUAUUUUUACCCUGAAUAGUAGUUUUGCUUUCUGAUAGUGCUUUAAAAAGGUUAAGUGA